CCACUUCAACUUCUUCUAUUUUCAAACAAAAACAGUCAUCGACGACUGGACCCAAUUGCAGCAACACAACCCUACUCCCAUCUCGUCAGACCAUCCCGUACACUUCCAAUGCGCUGCCCAUUGCAAGCUUCUCUCAUCCUUCUCACCACUUUAUGUCUUCUUGAUUUGGUAGUGAGUGAAGAUGGGUUUUGCUCUGCGCCUUCUGUUAUCAGCUCCUCUACCGACUCCAAGCAUUUGUAUUGGAAGGUUACGAAUCCCACGCUUUCUCCUUCUCAUCUUCAAGACUUGCCAGGGUUCACACGCAGUGUUUACAAAAGAGACCAUGCUUUAAUAACACCUGAAAGUCAGGUCUUCAGCCCUUUACCAGAGUGGGUAAAUACAUUAGCAGCCUAUUUGAUUACACCGGCCAUUGGCUCACAUUUUGUGAUGUACCUCGCAAAGAUGCAAGGGAAUUCACAAUCUGGACUCCCUGCACAUGAUGUUGAGAGGUUCGUAUUUGUUGUCCAGGGUACUGUGACACUGACUAAUGUUUCUAGUGUCAGCCACAAACUUGAGGUGGAUUCGUAUGCUUAUCUACCUCCUAAUUUUGAACAUAUAAUCAAGUGUGAUGCAUCUGCUACUCUUGUGGUUUUUGAAAGAAGGCAUGCUUCUUUGGAGAAUCAUUUUACUGAACAGAUUGUAGGUUCAACGGAUCGGCAGCCACUUAUUGACACUCCAGGAGAGAUCUUUGAGCUCAGGAAGCUUCUGCCAACAUCUACUCCUUAUGACUUCAAUGUCCAUAUUAUGGAUUUUCAGCCUGGGGAGUAUCUUAAUGUUAAAGAGGUCCAUUAUAAUCAGCAUGGAUUGUUACUUUUGGAGGGACAGGGCAUUUACCGCUUGAGUGAUAGCUGGUACCCUGUUCAAUCAGGUGAUGCAAUUUGGAUGGCACCAUUUGUACCUCAAUGGUAUGCUGCACUGGGUAAAACAAGGAGCCGGUAUUUGCUGUACAAAGAUGUAAAUAGAAAUCCAUUGUAAUCACAUUAAGGUUUGUAACAGAGAUUAGUGUUACAACUUAAGUGACUCAGCAAGUCACAAUAAUGGCUAACAAGUAAGCUAAUGUACCAGAACCUGCUCCAUCAUACAUGUUUGUAACUUUUUAGUGCCGUCCAAUGGCACUGGCAACUUAUAAGUUUUUUUUUUCUUUCCGUA